AUGAUGUAUACAGUUGAAUCCCCUAUACAAACCAUUUUUAAAUUUUAUGACAGAAAAUUAUUGACAGACAAAUUUUUUAAUAGUUCAGCAACUUAUCGUUUAGAUAGUUCUGUUUUUAUGCCCUAUGACGCUUUAACGAGAAUUACUCCAUAUACUCCAAAAGAAUAUAUUUGGGAUCAGAAAGAGGUAAUGGAAAGAGUUAAAAAGAAAACAAAAUUUGUAUUCCAAGCGGUAUCUCAUUGCAAUAGCGAAUCUGGACGAGAUCCUAUUUCAAAAAGACUAAAAAACAUAACAGGAUUUGAUAUUGUUGGUGGCUGUUUUGGUGGAUGGUGUAGUUAUGACUGUUAUGACCGCAAUAUGGGUGAAUAUAACAUUAGAGUUAGACAUUUUCAAUUUGCCGGGCCCGGUAUCCGGGUUUUUCUCUUUCAACCAGACCCGGGCCGGGUUUUCCGGACUAAACCCCCGAAAACCCGGAAACCCUGA